AUGCCUGAGUUGUCGAAUGCUGUCGGAGGAUCGCAGCAGUUGAACGAUGGUUACUACAUCCCACUCGUCGGGUUCGGAACGUACAAAGUGGUCGGAAAAGACCUGCUACCGGCAAUUGAUGCGGCUCUUCUCGCCGGCUAUCGCAUGUUCGACACCGCAAAGUACUACCACAAUGAAAAAGAGCUGGGAGAGGCUUUCAAGGUGAAUUUUUAUCCCGAACAGCGUACACCUCGACAGGAAUUAGAGGUGUCCGUCAGUUUUGGCGUAUGCAAUAGAGACUUACUUUCCCAGUCCAAACAGAUAACUUUCAGGAACUGCUUCCGAAGCACAAUCUCAAGCGCAAGGACAUUUUCAUCACGUCGAAAAGCUUUCCGACUCAAACGGAUUGCUACGAAGCGAUGUGCGAGCACGUCGAAGACUCACUGAGAAGCCUUCAAGUUGAGUACAUUGAUCUGUAUUUGGUGCACUAUCCUAAGCCGAACGACUCGGAAAACGAUGAUCCGAAGAACCCCGAGUACCGCCAGAUUGCCUAUCAAGUGCUCGAACAGUACAAAGAAAAUGGAAAACUCCGAUCGAUCGGAGUGUCCAACUACGAAAUCGUUCAUUUAGAGGAAAUGAAGGCGUGGCAGAAGGUGCCUCCAACUGUCAAUCAGCUCGAAUUCCAUCCUCAUUUUGCCCGGAUUCCACUGCAAGAGUACUGCAAGAAGAACAACAUUUUCUUCCAGGUACGUAAAUCAAUAGUGUAUCGUGUUUCCACAAAUUUCAUACUACUUUUCUGCAGGCAUUCUCCUCGCUUGCCAGACACGAGCCAAAGCUCAUCGAGGACCCAGUCGUUGUGGAGCUUGCCAAGAAACACGGAACUUCAGUGCCGGUUCGUUCCUCGCAUCGAAAUUUCGCUAGAAAACAUUAUUUUUUUCCAGCUCAUUCUACUCGCGUGGGCGUUAAGCCAGAAGGUGGGCAUCGUGCCAAAAUCGGCGACGCCAUCCAGAAUCCGCGAGAACUUCGACGUGAUCAACGUGCACUUGUCGAAAGAGGAGAUCGCUUCGCUGACAGCGCUCGACCGUGGUCAGCAUUAUAUUCGGUGCACCGGAUGGCUUGUAAAGUAG